UCGUCGGUUCAAAUCUAGUGGUGCGCUCGAAAGUGACGGACGCUCGUAAAAGUUUCUGUGCUGGUUGUUUUUCUCUCCACUGAGUAACUGUUCAGCGCAAGAAGUGGGGCCAGCUCAUUUGGAGUGCACUGUAUUUGGACGCCAUCUUGACGGGUGCUGAAAUUAACCGAGAGUGAAUUCCGGGAGUUUGGUGAUCUUUUCGAACGGAGCACUGCGGUUUUUUUCUGAGAUGGGUCUAUCGAAGUGAGCGUUUGAGGGUAAUUAGUGCUAAUCAAAGCAAGCCGUGAGAUUUCGGUUCAUCUGUCAAGAAUUUUUGUGGGAUAGAAUAAACUUUUGAUAGUGAUUGCUAUAGAAGUGCGGUCGGUGAAUUUGGUGAAAUAAAAGUGUGAUUGAGUUGCGGUUUUUUCUUGCUAAUCGCCAACCAUGUCUGACGAAUUUUAUGAUGAAGACGGAUUCCGUCUGGCGUUCGAAGAUGAUACUUCGGAACAAGAGAAACAGUUCUACAUGCGGGCUUUCCCAAAUGUCAACAAAAUUGCUGAACGGAAGGUGCACUGCACCUCCUGUUACAUGCAUAUCGGAACGGCCCCGAUUUCGGAGGCCAUCAUCCGAAUGCAUCCGGUGCUGCGAGUAUCGCACUGCCGCAACUGCCAUACGUUCUACAAUAGCGGUGAGUUCGACAAGGGCGAAGACGGUAGCGAACUGUACUGUCGCUGGUGCGGGCAGGGUGGCGAAGUCUACUGCUGCUCCAAGUGUCCGUACGUGUUCUGUAAGAAGUGCAUCGUACAGAAUCUGUCGCGGGCCUGUGUGCAGGACAUUUCCCGCAACGAUAACUGGCAGUGCUUCAGCUGUGCCCCGAAAAUCAUGUGGCAUCUGCGAGCUCAACACUGGGCCCUGACGAACUACAUCGAUAAACAGAAAAAGGACAUGAAAGACAAAAACCUUUCGGUGCAAGGCAUCAACAACCUGAUGAAAUUAGACAACACGACAUGCUGUUCCAACAAAGGACAGAACAAGAAGGCUGGAACACCGCAGUCGGCUGGCAAAAAAGGUGUCAAAAGAGCUUCGGAUGCCGCUGAAAUGUCUCCGGGAGCAGCAAAAAUUCCUAAAAUGAUUAUCAGGCCUCAGCAAAAUAGUCCCCAGCAGCAGCAACAGCAACAAAUGCAACAAGGAACUCCAGUUGGUAAAAAGAAAAACGACAACAACGAGGUCGUUUGCACACCCGAUAUCAUGAGUAUGUUCAUGAAUCCGGAGGAAUCAUCGCCACCGGCACAGGUCGCUAACAGGCCUGUGGUGGCUGCAGCGCCGAAACCACAGCAGCCGAUUUUAUCUGGCAAUCGUCAGGUAGUUGUCCGACCAGCUGUUCCCAACGCGUCUAAUCCAGUUCCUUUACGUAUGCCUAUGAGUACCAACAAUACAAAUUCAGCUAACGGAGGACCUGCUCCGGUUUAUCACACCAUAAAUGGUUACAGGAUCGACUUACAUACAGCUGCUCAGCAAGGAACCUAUCGGUUACCGAAUGGCAAAUUGAUCCAGGUGCGAAAGCAAGCACCUACUGCUGCUACCCCAGCUGCCACUCCGAUUCCAAAUCGUACAAAUAUCACUAUUGCCCCGAAGCCAGCCAAUAAUUUCUACAAUCCACCAACUCAAACCCCGACUACAGUUCGUUUUCAAAACGGAACUCCCAACUCAGCUUCUCAUAUUAACAUCGCGAUUCAGCAGCAGCAACAGCUACAAGAACAGAGACUUCAGCAACAGCGUCAACAGGCCCAAGCUGCCCAACAAGCUCAACAGCAGCAACAACUGCUUCAGCAACAACGCCAGCAGCAGAUGUUGCUUCAAGCAACGGGUCAGCCUCAACCGACCAUCGUAGCUGGACAGCCGAACCCGGCUCUGCAACUUCCCACGUUAGCAGUUCUACAACGAAUGGUCAAUGGACCCCACGAGGAUUCUCCUCUGGGUAAGUCCAGGAAAGAUUUUGAAGGCAAGCUGCUAUCUGGUGUUGAAAUUUGUCAACAUAUCGUUAACAAAAUCAACACCCUGACAAACUCCAAUUCUUUCAAAAACAUCCGUAACGUUCGGGAUUUGAAGGAACUGUACAUUCACGUUUCCUACCUGCUGACUUAUGCUAUCGGGCGCUUCAAGACACUCCAGGAAAAGUGCGUUGAUGAUGUCAAAAAGAUGGGCUUCACCAAGGAGUCGGACUUUGUCAUGAUGGGCGAACAAAUCAGCAAUCGUAAUCCCGACGAAGACAAGAGUGACGAUGAGGAUGAUGUCGAAAUUGUUGAGCAGAGUGCCGAAGUGGUAACUUUGGAUUCCGAUGAUGAAGACAACGACAAAGAUGCCGUUGAGACGGAAGCUGCUGUUGCAGCUCUUCUCGGCGAGAAGGAUGAAGUGAACCCAUCUGGUGGUGAAAUGUGCAUGGAAGAUUUCCUCCAGGUUAGCAUCAGUGAGGCAGAAAAAUCGAAGGAAUCUGUUGAAACCACCCAAGAAAAAACCGAAGAUCAGCCGAAAGAAGCGGAUCCGAAAGCCACCAUUUCCAAUAUCGAAAUCGCUGAAGUCACUUCAAUGGCUAGCGAUGCUGGAGACAAAUCUGAGAAAAAGGAUGCUGGUAAUUCGGACGAAACAGAUAAACCAGAAGUUUCGAAUGAUAAAGAAACCGACAGCUCAAAGGGCUCGUCUGAACCAGCUACUGAUGAUCUGGUUGAAAUUCUUGAUUCAAGUGAAAACCUCGAAUGCGUAAAAUCGAUCGAUGGAGAUGAACAGAAAGGAAAAACUGAGGAAGACAGUUUGGUGGAGAAAGUUGCUGUUGAAGAACCAGUCGAAAAGUCGACUGUUAACGAUACGGAGAAAGUAACUGAUGAGGCAGAGAAUGAAAAACAAGGAACUGAUGAUUCAGCAAAGAAGGAAGCUGUUGUAGAAGAAGGAGAGAAAUUGAAGGAUGAUGAGCAAAUGGAAGAUCUUACAGCGGAAGAAACUACUGCUGAAGCUGAUGCGGUUGAAGAAACUGCUGUGAAGUCAGAUGAUGCUGUUUUAGUUGGAGAGACAAACACCGAUCAGAAGAACGAAAAGCAACAGGAUGAUGUUUCUGACAAAGUCAAUGAAACGGAGACUGUACAACCGACAGAAAAGAAGGAAGAGAAGGAAGAAGAUAUUUCUCAAAAGGAGGAGAAAGAAUCUGUAAAUGUGGACGAGUCUGCGAAAGACGAACCGUCUGAGAAAGAAGACAACACGACUGAACUACAGGGCGAAUCGCUCGAGAAAAAAGACGAAUCGUGCGGAUUGGACAAAUCUGCUGAGACAGAAGACAAACCCGCCGAGUCAGAAGAAACUUCGGAAAAGGUCACAGAGGAUGAUCCUGUAACUAAAGCAGAAGAAUCUACAAGUGAAAAGGCCAUUGAAUCGGACGUUCAAGCCAAAACAGCUAGUAACGAAAAAACAUCUGCUCCGGGAGAAGAACAGAUGGAAGUUGACGCUGACGACGAGGCACAUGUGGAAGAGACAGAAAAAGUUAUUUCUGUUGUGUCUUUAGACAGCACCAAGGAAACUGAAGUUGAAGAAAAUAAACACCAACAACAAUCAACAACCGUAGAAGACAUCGAUGAACCUUCGGACAAACCGAUUCAAGAGCCUGAUACUAAAACUGAAGUGGAAGCUGAGCCUAUGGAUGAGGAUCAGACCGCUGAGCCAGUUGAAGAAACUGUUCAAUCGAAUGAAGAACCCAGCCCAGAAGCGGAUUUGAUCAAUAAAAAUUCAACCGAAGACUCAACUGAACAACAAGACAUUCCUGUUGAAUCGGAGCCAGUAGUCAAACCCGUUGUGACAGAGCCUGUUACCGAUCAAUCGGUAUUACCCGAGGAACCAACCGGCCAGGAUCUGUUUUCAUGCAUCGAAGACACUUUCCAAAAGUUGCAGAAUAUGUUUGAGUCGACCGAAGAAGCCGUUGGAGAACCGGAACGCAUCGAAGGAGAAGAAAAACCAGAAGAAAACGUUGUUGAGUCUAAAGAAGUGACCCCAGCUGAAGAAUCCGAAAAAAUGGAAGUCGAUGCUGACUCUCAGCCGGAAACAGUGGCUGAGAAACCCCAGCUACUGAAUGGUGAAAGUGCUCAGCCAUCACUUGAUAAUGGGCUGGAAGAAAUCACUUCGGAUGAAAAUUUUAGUCAAAAAUCUUCGGAAGCUAUUGUCAAUGACAAGCAAGCUAGCGCCAGUUCAACGGAAGUUGCUCUCGAAGGGUGUUAAACCCUACGUUUUCCGUUCAUUGUACAAAGGUAGAUAGUAAGCGCGUAAAUCUAAGUAGGUUCUCUGCUAAACGCUCUUAACUUACGCUCCUCUAGAAGGCGUAGGAUUUCCUGAUUCAAAUAAGCAUUCUCGUAAGGGUUACGUUCAUUAAGGCAUCAGAUGGUGCUUAGUCAGGUUUCAGCCGAACCACAUUUCCAAUAUUAUUUGAACUGGUAUUUCUGAAAAAAAACGGCCCUUAAAAUGCCGUGGAAAUUAUAUUUUAAUUAUUCUUUCUAGAACCAGAUUUUUUUGUUGGCUUGGUUCAUGCUACGGAAACUAUUCCCGACAACUGGAUUAAUGAAUGGCAGUUUGCAAUUUGUUACAAUAAUAUUUUACUUACUAUCUCCGACGCAGUGAGUUAGUUCGUUGUAUAAAGUUUUAUAAUACUUACGGUAAGAUUUUUUUAAAAUAAAAUAAUCGGUUUCAAUUGAGAUCAGAUAAUUCCUUGCACUAAAUUCUAACCCGGUUAGUAUUAAAUAAAGUUAUUGUUUCACUUUAUUUUAUCCAUUAUUUCUCAGUGUUACACAUUUUGCUGUAUGAUCUCGAUUAAUGUUGGGAAUUUUCAUUGAUUCUUGAAUUGGUUCAAAAUUGAAAAUCGAGUACAGACGCACAUUGAAUGAACCAUCCUGAUGCUUUCCUUUGUUGAUAUAUGUUGAUUACGUGAAAAAUUGUAAUACUUCGGCCCACGGGGAUGAAGGAGCGAUUUUUAAAACGAGUAUCAACCCGAAUCAACCUGGCGCAAAAUCGGUUGAAACAUGAUAUCACGUUUAAGAACUUAUUGUGUAGUAAUUUAUUUUACCUAUGAACGAUGAUCAAAGUUUAUCUAACAAGACCCUCAAUAACAGAAUGUAUGUGGCCGUAAGGAAAUGCGCAUGUAAGCAAACUUAUGCAUCAACGUAAUCUCUAAUUUUGUGAAUUAGAGCGUGACUCUCGACUAAGCGUCGUAGCUAAAAGAACGAGAGAUAAAAAAACAGACUAUUAAAGCGAUCAAUUCAAUUGACGUUAGUCCCGGUAGUGCGUAAAAAUCAAAUAAAAAAAAAACUAGUUAUGGGUUUGUUAUAAUUAUCAAUUUUAGUUUUUAAAUAAGACUUAAGUCUGUAGAUACCAUCCGUAUAUAGAAUACUUAUCUAUAUUUAAACUAGUAAGAAUAAAGGCACGCAUUUCGCUUUAUGUUUCUAGACUUUAGAUUGACUCGAAAGUUGUUCUUCAGCUAUAUGCACAUAAUUGUGAGUCGCUGCCACUCGCGUUUGUAAAUUAGUAAAAACUACUUUUAAGAGAAAAAAAUACAAAAUAAAUUUAUUCGAUCGUCAUUUAAA